AUUCCCGCUGAUUCCCGCAGCCCGCUAAAGUAUCAAUAAAAUCGACAAUUUUACAAUUCACGAUGAUACUCGUGUCGGAGUAUUGUACCCGCCGUGCCGCGAACGACACGUCCGUUCUGAAAAGGAAUACACUCGACGUUCACGUCGAGUCAAAUCCGUCCGACGCGCAGGAACGUCCGCGACGUUUCCGCGAUCACGAACGCCCGGCGUGGAAAAUUGUCCAGCGACGGAACGCGACCUAACCUCUACGCCCGCUCGGCCGUCGUCGCCGUUGCGCCUUCCGAUCGCGCGGUAACGUUUCGCAGUCGCGCGAGGCUCGAGACGCGAAUCAACCCACCGACCGUGGAAGAUGCGAUCCGCGCGGAAUGGAGCAGAACGCGGGAGAAACAGAUCGCGGGGAACGCGCGAGGGUAGAAGACUGGUUGGCAGAGAGGAGUGCGGACGGUAGGCAGCAGGAGACGCAAAACGCCUCGGCCGCGUUCUACAAGCGUGAUGCUGACAGCACAGUGUCAACGGGCAAUUCGAACGAAUUGCCAACGAAUGAAAUGUGGCUCAGAGACACCGCUACCGAGGAUGUAAAUUUGACAUCGAAAUCUAAGAUGGGACCUGUAGAAGCUGUAGAAACUUAUUUGUUAAUAGGAGAUACGGAUUUACAGUCAACAGAUGUGUCACAAGAUCCACUGCUGGUACAUAAUGAGGAUUCCACAGAAAGUUCAAUCAAACCUAAACAGCGAAAGGACGUAAAGUCAUUGAAGGAACAUAAAGAAUCUAUAAAACGUCUAAAGCAGCCCGAAAAUUGGAAGGUGAACAUGAAGAAAAGUGCUAGAUUAAAAGGGGAGGAAUACAUUGGAGUCGGAGGUAAAAUAGUGCCAGCCAAAAAGAUGGGACACCCCUGCGUCUGUCGAAUGCACUGCGCGGACAAGAUAAACGAGAAGGACCGCGAGGAAUUGCACAAGGCCUUCUGGAGGACCUGUACGUGGCAACAACGAAAGCAGUAUAUCGCAUUGUCCGUCAAAGAAUCUCCAAAACAACGUACCCGCUUGCGCAACAACGUUCAGUCGGAGCGCUCUUCGGCGAGAUGCCGGCACGUGACCUUCACUUACUCUCUCCUGUUGAACGGCGAAUUCAUCAUUGUGUGCAAAUUGAUGUUUCUCAGUACGUUCGCGAUAUCCGAGAAGUUCGUGCGGCACGUGAUGGAGAAGAAACGAAUGUCGCCAGGUGGUAUCAUUGGGCCGGACCAAAGAGGUAGACACACGCCAAAAACUAAGAAGAGUGAGGAUGUGAAAGAGCGAGUGCGCGAACACAUUAGAUCAUUUCCGACCGAGAAAUCGACGGAUCCUAAGAAUCGCAGUGGUAGAUGUUACUUGGACUCGAAUCUAAACAUAGCUGCGAUGCACAAGUCCUACGUGUUAAAGUGCAAACAGGUGGGUGUACCUGAAAGUGAUAUAGUGAAGGAGAGUUACUACAGGGAAAUGUUUAAGACGGAGUUCAAUCUCGGAUUUAAACGUGCGCAAGCUAAGGAAAGGAAACUAAUGUCGACCGUUAAUUGAGAUGAAGAAUGCGAGAAAUAGGUUCGUUAGUUGUACUAGAAUGUAGAAAUAUAUUUUCAUACCGGUGCCUGAUGAUUAUAAAAGCGACACUGAUUUCAACAUCGGAAUUUACAUAUUUAUUAAUAUACUUAGAAAUUCGUUACACAUUGGCAUUACUUAACAUUAAAAUAUAAUAUUAAAUGAUGUAAUAAUAUAUAUAUGUAAUACAUAUUGAAAAGUAUACUUUGUUCUAUACAUAUUGAAAAGUAUGCUUUGUUCUAUACAUUAAACUGAUAUUUUAUUUUGUAA